AUGGAACUUCAGCAUUUCUUCCACCACCAUCCGUUGGCCUGGACUUAUUACACGGCAUAUGGAGAGACAGAUAAAGAAUGUGAGGGGUGCGGGGAAGGAAUAUUGGGUUUUAGUUACAGUUGCCAAAUGUGCGACUUCUUCCUUCACAAAUCAUGUGGCGAACAACCCCGCAAAUUGAAGCACCCAUUGCACCCCAAACAUCCUCUUAUUCUCAGAGAAAGCCCAGAUGAUGAAAACCCAGAUGAUGAAAGCCCAUGUGAUGAAAGCCCAGAUGAUGAAAACCCAGAUGAUGAAAGCCCAGAUGAUGAAAGCCUAGAUGAUGAGCUAUGUUAUUUCUGCAAUAAAUAUAUGGACCGCUUCUCGGGCUUCGCUUACAAGUGUUCUCACUGCAAUGUUAGCCUUCAUCUUAAAUGCGCUUCUAUACCCUUUACCCUUAAACCUGAAUUUCACGACCACCCAUUGAAACUCCUGCGGAAAUCACACUCCUUCACUUGCGAUGCAUGUGGGAAACAAGAUGAAGACAUGUACUCUUACGUAUGUACCAGUCUCACAUGCUCAUUCAUGGUCCACCAAAAAUGUGCUGCCUUACCAUUGACUCUCAAACAUACAAGUCACCACCACACUCUCGACCUCACCCACUCUUCUCAGCUAAAUCAAUCCCACCGUCAAAUUUGUCGUCUCUGCGUUAAAAAGGUGGACACUGACAGAGCUUAUUAUUGCUCGAAAUGUAAUUUUGUUGCCCACCUUGUUUGUGCUACACGCGAGGGAGAAACCGAGGAAAUAAAGAAGCCUCUAGAGUCGACAGGUAUCCUUAAAAACGAAGAUUCAGAACUGGAUGAAUCCAUUGACUCAUUACCUUAUGCUGUGAAGAAGAUGAAGAUUGGAGAGGAUAAAAUUGAAAUACCAGUAGAAAUCGAACAUUUUAGUCAUCAACAUGACUUAAAGCUUACAGAGGAGCUUCUGAACAAGGAACAAUGUGAUGGGUGUAUGCUUCCUAUAUCUACAUCCCCAUCCCCACAAUUUUACAGUUGUGCUCAAUGCAGAUUUUUUCUUCAUAAAUCUUGUGCUGAAUUAUCAAGAAAAAAGCGACACUCACUUCAUCCGCACCUCCUCACCCUCUUCGCAAAGGCACCUUAUCCUUUUGGCGGCGUCAGUUGUAAUGUUUGUGAUAGGUCAUGUGAAGGCUUCAUCUACCAUUGUAAGGAAUGCUAUUUUGAUGCAGAUGUCCAAUGUAGUUUGAUCUCAGACAUCCUUCCACAUGACGGUCACGAGCACCCGCUUAUUCUAUCAAGAGCACCCGUAAGUGAGAAUUGUAGUUGUUGUGAUAAUAGUGGAAGAGUAUUCAAGUGUGCUGAUUGCGAAUUCACUUUGGAUGUCAAAUGUGCUACACUGCCACAUACCAUGAGGUACCGAAGCUUUGAGCAACCCUUCAAAUUGUGUUAUAAGGCUGAAGAUGAUUACGAGGACGAUGAAUAUUAUUGUGACAUUUGUGAAAAAAAACGAAAUUCAAAGCACUGGUUUUAUUACUGUGCAGAUAUGAGUUUCUCUGCCCAUCCCAAUUGCAUUCUUGGAAAAUAUCCGUAUUGUAAACGAUUGGCAUCUACUACCUCCUUGUGA